AUGGAGUCCGCGAUCUACGAAGGCGCGGUCCGCCCCUCCUCCAGUCUGUCUAUGUCUGGGGCGGGCAUACCUCAGAAUUUCAAGCGAAGGCUAUUAUUGAUUUAUAUCCAUGGCUUCAAUGGCACAGAAACCACAUUCCAAGAUCUCCCUUUGCAGGUCCAUGGCGCGUUGACAGGUUUGCUGACUGACUCGCAUGUGGUCCACACACGUAUAUAUCCUCGUUACAAGUCUGAAGGCGAUUUCCAAGCAGCAGUGAACCAAUUCAGCAAAUGGUUGACCCCCCAUGAGGCAGAUGACCAAGAUGUGAUUCUGCUUGGGCACAGUAUGGGCGGGCUCAUAGCUUCCGAUAUCGCACUUUGGCAUGACGGCGCAAAGCCAAAGCAUAAAAUCUUGGGACUAGUUAAUUUUGACACCCCCUUUUUGGGGCUAGAUCCUGGGGUCUUUUCUACUGGACUGGCAACUUUGUUUCAAAAGAACGACGAAACGCCAGAAGAGAAAUUGGCGGAUCAACAAAAGGCCCUUGAGUUUGAAGCAGUCUACAAUGAUCCCAACUUCAAUCCUUCAGAUCAUCUCUAUCCUGAAUCCAAUGUUCAAUGGAGGGACGGUACGGAUCUUCCCCAUCGCAGCUUGAUCAAAGGCACCAAGAAUUGCUCCCAGAAGAAGAUAGCUAAGGAGAAGAGGAGAGCCGACAAGCAUAGUCUAAAAUCCCGAAUUAGCGCUUUUGCCGCCCCCAUGAAAUUUGCUAGUGGUGUCCGGAAUCACUCUGAACUGCGGCAGCGAUAUAAGCGGCUGAAAGAUUUGGAAAAGGCAGAGCACAGCCCCGAGAGAUUACGCUUCAUCAACUACUACACAUCCAGCACCGGCUGCCGGGAACUCAAAGAAGAGACGACCAAAAAGAGCAAAUGGUCGACGCAUACUCCGAGCAUCGCAUCUUCUACUUCAAGGAGCUGGACGGGGGACCAAGCCUUCUUGGAACGCGAUUCCCCCCUCAACAUCGGACUUCAGUCAUAA